AUGCUGCCACCAUCGCUGCUGUCGACCAUUCUAGUGUGCUCGGCGGCCGUAACGUCGGGCACGACUCUGGGCUUUGUCGGUGUUGGCGUGAUGAAUGAGGCGCUCGUGCGCGGGCUCUGCACGCUCGAAGUGCCGCCGGAGGCGGUCGUGCUGUCCCCUCGCGGCGCCGCCAAGGCCGCGUCCUUGUCGGAGGACUUCGAGGCGGCGACGGUCGCAGCGGACAACCAGCAGGUGCUGGACCGGAGCGACAUCAUAUUUCUCGGCGUCCUGCCUGCCCAGCUCGAGGCGGUGUGCCGUGAGCUCCGCUUCGAGCCGAGGCACACCGUCGUGUCGCUCGUGUCCACCGCUCCGCUCGCGCUGCUGCGGGAAUGCUGCAGCCCUGCGGGCAAAGUGAUGCGCGCCAUACCUCUGCCUCCGGUCGCGCAGCACCGAGGGGCGACCGUCAUGUGCCCGCCCCAUCCUGUGGUCACUCCGCUCUUCGAGUCGCUCGGCACUGCCGUGGCGGUGGAGGCCGAGGAGACCCUUCUCAAGCUGAUGCCCGUCACGGCCCUCAUGGGCCAGCUCUACGCGCAGCAGCGCACCACGCAGGGCUGGCUCGAGGCGCAGGGCGUGCCGCCGGAGACCGCGGCCGCCUGGACGGGCGCCGUCUACCACUGCGUCACGCACGGCUCUGCCGACGCGGGCCCGAGCACCUUCCGAGCGCUGGUCGAAGAGCAGACGCCGGGCGGGCUCAACGAGCAGGUCGUGCGGAGCUUGGGCGAGGCGGGCGCGUACGACGCGCUCGCCGCCGCGCUGGAUACCUGUCUCGGGCGCAUCACAAGCGCUUGCGGGUGCGCGGCGCCGGCGCCGGCGGGGCCAGAGGAGGCGUGCUAG